GCUCAGAGCAUCAAACCAGAGAAGGAGUGGAGCCUGAAGACCAUGAAGAUCUACAUCGGCAUCAGGAAAAAACUCAAGGCCCCCACCAGAUGGGGCUUCACAGUGAUCUCACACAAACACCAGCUGUUCCUGUGCUGCAGCGGGGAGGCGGAGCUGUGGGGCUGGAUCACCUGUUUCCUCAAAGCUCAGAACGAUGAAGCGCCCCCUGCCAUCCUGCGCAGACACUCGUCCUCUGACAUCUCCAAGCAGAAGUUCGGGACGAUGCCUCUGGUCCCCAUCAGAGGAGACGAGAGCAACAACAGCAUGCUCUCAGCCAAUCAGACGCUGAGAAAACUGCACGACAGAAGGACCCUGUCCAUGUACUUUGUAAGUCUGUUUUGAUGAUGAUGUUUUCUCUUAUGUUUUAUCUAUAUCUGU